AUGCACAAUGUCAUUGCGUAUAAUGUACCUGAUAGUACGAAUCUAAAGCUUGCUAAAAAUACUCUACUACAAGAAUGUGGACUGUCGCAAUCUUGGUGUGUAGCGAGAAGAUUACGUAAAACACAGACUAAAGCCUCUUGUCUCAUUCUAUUUCAGUUUGGUAGUAUCAUAGAAGCCAAUCACCUCCUUAAAAGCCAGUCUUUACUGAGGCGCAUUCCAACCUUUAAGAAAGUUAGAAUCACCCAUGACAAGACUGCCAUCCAACGUCGAAACUCCAAUGAAGUGCAAAACAAUCAACCCAGCCUUAGUGGUAGCGGCAGUUACAACGUUGGCCAUAGCGCUAUCCCUAAAACACCAUACCCCACCCCUCCCAAAAACGGAGGCACGCCGCAUACUGCUACUAGUCCUAAGAACAAGACUAGACACCAGGCAGCUGUAACCAUUCACCCUAAACCCAAACACUCAACUACAACAAAAUGCCCACCCACCUAUGCAUCUACAGUUUCAAAACACUCUUCUUGUGGCUCUGAUGAAAAGCCAAAACCCAAGCCUCACAUCGAUCGCUCUAAUAGCUAUAACCACCCAAACACUGUAAUGCGAAAUAAUACCAAAUUCUCUCUAAACACCCAUAAGUACUCCAGAUCUCUCAAUACACAACACGCACCUACUCAUAGUAGUCGAAUGCAUUACAACAAGCAUAAUGAACUGGCAGUACCCCCAUAUCCUAACGUGAGGUUACGCCCGACAAAAACCACACUUACGCAUGAUGCCAAUAAGCCAUAUAGCUUAAAACAUGCAGGUUACAGGAAUCAGCACAGCCCACACAACAGGAACACCAUCCCCGGCAACAAUGUCAGACAAUCAUGCAAUAAUUAUUUGAAACAUACAACUCCCCUAACUACCCGUAACAGGAGUAGAACACCCCACUGCACACAAGACAACCAUAAUGUUGGCCUGCUUGGGGACCCACCUAUCGAUUCUAAAUACUACCAGAACCAAACCACCUUUUAUAACUCUCUGAUCUCCCCUAAUUUGGCACACACACCACCUCAUCCUUUUUUAUCUCUCUCCCCCUCAACAGUAUUGCUAUGGGGUCUCCAAAUGUUGAGGGCGACAAUUCCACUAUUCUGA